AUGGGAAAGAUUUUCUUCUAUGAGGACAGGAACUUCCAAGGUCGCUGCUAUGAAUGCAGCUCAGACUGUUCCGACAUGUCUUCAUACUUCAGCCGCUGCAAUUCCAUCAAAGUAGAAAGCGGAAAUUGGAUUCUCUAUGAACAUCCCAACUUCAGGGGAUACCAAUACUAUCUUUGGAGGGGGGAAUAUCCCGACUUGCAUCAAUGGAUGGGAUACAAUGAUUCAAUCAGAUCUUGCCGCUUGACCCCUCAGCACCAAGGUCCUUAUAAACUAAGGCUCUACGAGAGGGGAGACUUCAAAGGACAGAUGAUGGAAUUUUCUGAAGACUGCCCACAUGUCUAUGAACGGUUCCGUUACAAUGAUAUAAAUUCAUGCAAUGUGUCUGAUGGUCAUUGGAUGUUCUAUGAAGAGCCCAAUUACAAAGGACGUCAGUAUUACCUGAGACCUGGAGAGUACAAAAAAUAUUCUGACUGGGGUGCUGUGAACCCCAGAAUUGGCUCCAUCAGACGUGUUCACCACCUAUUUUAA